CGCUCAUCCUCCUUGGCGGUGGCGGGUACACCGUGAAGAACGUCGUGCGCGCGUGGACGUACGAGACCGCGUGUGCGCUGGGAAUCGAGCGCGAGAUCGACCCAACCUGCCUUGGAACGAGUAUUUGAGUGGUUCGGCCCGAGGUACAGGCUGGAGGUCCUGCCGAAUAAUAUGGAGGAUAUGAACGUGAAGGAUGGGUCGCUCGAUGAGGUCCGUGCUACAACAGCUGGGCGAACUACAGCCUGCGCCCUCUGUUGGGAUGCAGGAUGUUCCUCGAGAGAGUCUAGGCGAGCAUCUCGGGUUCGGAAACGCCAACAACGAAGAACCCAUGGAUGAGCUUGACGAGCGACUAGCGCAACACACGCGCUUCGUUUAUGGCCUGCAAGAAGCUGCUGCCUCAGACAACGAGUCAGACGGGGACGACGCGGACUCCAUCUCAGACGACUCACAUGCGGGCCGGCGGCGCCGCUCAAAACGCCGUUCCCGGCGGCGAACGCGCAAGCGCAUGAGCAUCACGACGAACCGCUACUACGACGUGCCUAGGAUGGACGAGCACGCCGAAGACGCACUGCCGGACCUCUGUGCAGGUGCAUACACGAAUGGGGCGGGCCAGAAACGUGCGGGCCGCCGGCGAUUCUUCCAGAGCGCCGCGCGGUGGGACCCUGUGAUGGAGAAAGUGCUCGUGGAGUGGGACACGAUACGGACACCAAGGGUGGACGUGGCUGCUGCAAUGGCGAACCCAGCGCGGGAGUGGGGACAGAGGAAUGGGUAUGCGCGUGGCGUGGUUGGUGAGGACGGGGAAGAGGAGGAUGGUGCUGAGGAGGAGAUGGAGGUUGAUGAGGAGGAGGGUGAGGAUGAAGGCUAGGUGGGACGGCCAAUUAUGCCGUAGGAUUCGUUGGGUAGUAUUGUAUCGUUAUUCCAUCAUGUAACUUAUCUUGUGCUUGUCUGGCUUCGCGCUCUUGUGCUCAUGAGCUGUGGUUUGCUCUACGAGGUAUAUAAGCACGGUCGUAAGCACCACGGCAACU